AUGCCUCUGGAGAAGAUUACGUCAGUUAGCACCAAAUUAGGGUGUAACAAAGAUGAAUUAGACCUAGGUAUCCCCAUCUCUGCUGACAAAACAAUAUUGUUCCAAGCGCUCAGGCCUGAUUUGAGAGAAAUUACUGACACUCAACGACCUGAAAGCACUAGUAUAAAAAGCUAUGAUUUGUUCAGUUUUGAAACCGAUGUUUAUGACCUUCCACUUGCACAGACCUCCCACUUGCCCAGACCUUCCACUUGCACAGACCUUCCACUUGCACAGACCUUCCACUUGCACAGACCUUCCACUUGCACAGACCUUCCACUUGCACAGACCUUCCAUUUGCACAGACCUUCCACUUCCCCAGACCUUCCACUUGCACAGACCUUCCACUUGCACAGACCUUCCACUUCCCCAGACCUUCCACUUGCACAGACCUUCCACUUGCACAGACCUUCCACUUGCACAGACAUUCCAUUUGCACAGACCUUCCACUUCCCCAGACCUUCCACUUGCACAGACCUUCCACUUGCACAGACCUUCCACUUGCACAGACCUUCCACUUGCACAGACCUUCCACUUGCACAGACCUUCCACUUCCCCAGACCUUCCACUUCCCCAGACCUUCCACUUGCACAGACCUUCCACUUCCCCAGACCUCCCACUUCCCCAGACCUUCCACUUCCACAGACCUUCCACUUGCACAGACCUUCCACUUGCACAGACCUUCCACUUGCACAGACCUUCCACUUCCCCAGACCUUCCACUUGCACAGACCUUCCACUUGCACAGACCUUCCACUUGCACAGACCUUCCAUUUGCACAGACCUUCCACUUCCCCAGACCUUCCACUUGCACAGACCUUCCACUUGCACAGACCUUCCACUUGCACAGACCUUCCACUUCCCCAGACCUUCCACUUCCCCAGACCUUCCACUUGCACAUACCUUCCACUUUCCCAGACCUCCCACUUCCCCAGACCUUCCACUUCCACAGACCUUCCACUUGCACAGACCUUCCACUUGCACAGACCUUCCACUUGCACAGACCAUCCACUUCCCCAGACCUUCCACUUGCACAGACCUUCCACUUGCACAGACCUUCCACUUGCACAGACCUUCCAUUUGCACAGACCUUCCACUUCCCCAGACCUUCCACUUGCACAGACCUUCCACUUGCACAGACCUUCCACUUGCACAGACCUUCCACUUGCACAGACCUUCCACUUGCACAGACCUUCCACUUCCCCAGACCUUCCACUUCCCCAGACCUUCCACUUGCACAGACCUUCCACUUCCCCAGACCUCCCACUUCCCCAGACCUUCCACUUCCACAGACCUUCCACUUGCACAGACCUUCCACUUGCACAGACCUUCCACUUGCACAGACCUUCCACUUCCCCAGACCUUCCACUUGCACAGACCUUCCACUUCCCCAGACCUUCCACUUGCACAGACCUUCCACUUGCACAGACCUUCCACUUGCACAGACCUUCCACUUGCACAGACCUUCCACUUGCACAGACCUUCCACUUCCCCAGACCUUCCACUUGCACAGACCUUCCACUUGCACAGACCUUCCACUUGCACAGACCUUCCACUUGCACAGACCUUCCACUUCCCCAGACCUUCCACUUGCACAGACCUUCCACUUGCACAGACCUUCCACUUGCACAGACCUUCCACUUACCCAGACCUUCCACUUCCCCAGACCUUCCACUUGCACAGACCUUCCACUUCCCCCGACCUUCCACUACCCCAGACCUUCCACUUCCCCAGACCUUCCACUUCCCCAGACCUUCCACUUCCUCAGACCUUCCACUUCACCAGACCUUCCACUUCCCCAGACCUUCCACUUCCCCAGACCUUCCACUUCCCCAGACCUUCCACUUCCCCAGACCUUCCACUUCCCCUGACCUUCCACUUCCCCAGACCUUCCACUUCCCCAGACCUUCCAUUUCCCCAGACCGUCCACUUCCCCAGACUUCCACUUCCCCAGACCUUCCACUUCCCCAGACCUUCCACUUCCCCAGACCUUCCACUUCCCCAGACCUUCCACUUCCCCUGA